CUCGUCUCCAAAGGAUACUUGACAUACUAAACAUCGUAGGCACUCCACGAAACCGGAAAAGGUAAGUGUAUCGGGUAAGCUUUUCGCACUUCAACUAAGAAAAUCAUCCUUCUACACUAAACCCGAUCGUAAGUAUGGAGAACGUUUUCAAUUUCACGGUGCAAGCCAAUUCUACCAAUUCUACAGAGCCACCCCAAUUCCCGCCAUGUGAGCAGGUGGUAUGUCCGGAGAUCGAGAUGACCGACUAUGAUUAUACCCAGGAAAACCAGGCGAACUACUCGGAGGAUGUAAAAAUGAUUGACGCGCAUACCCUUCCCCAGCAGGCCCAGGGACUAGUAUUGGGUGAGCCGUUUCUGAAAAAGGAUGACAAAACUAAACAGAAGUCGAAGCAGACUAUUAUACUACACUCGGCUGAGACUCAAACUGAGCCUCCUUCAAGUUUCGAGGUUGGAAUCUUUGAGUUGCUGAGGGAGAAAAAGAUCUACUCUGUCACUUACGAGAAAGGCAAGCUUGAGGUUAACAUCGAGUAG